GCGCCCCCUACCCGCAUCGAACGGCGUUAUAUGAAAAGGCGAUUCAUUCUCCUCGCUCCUUUUUCUUCGUGCGCUCCCCGGCCUUCCUGUAAAACACCUUCCGCGCCCCGCCUAUUUCCCCUCUUCUCGAAAUGGAUUGUGGGAAAUGUAUUUUUUCUCUCGACGGAAACAUGCCGUUUGGGAUGAAAUCGUACUACAACUCCCAAAAUGCGAAGGAACUAUCACGCGGCACGGGAACGCCCCCGUGAGGCUCUUUCAGGUCACAUGACCAUCACGGAUGUUGCUUCCGUAAAUAUCAGGCUGAAAUGUUUCAAUUCGGACAAAUGUGAACUCCCAGGUAAGGUGGAUCUAGCGAGGGGAGAAUAAUUUUGGUUUCCGUUCUCUUCCGUCAGUCAGAAAAGAGCUUUACUUGGAAAAAGGUGGCAAAAUUGGCCUUCCAACAGCCGGAAAUUAUUUCUAGCACUCCGAUAUUUUAAAUGUGAUUAAAGGCUCUACCAGUGUUCUUUGAUCUGUUCCUUAAACAUAUUUUUAAAAUAUGCAAUUUUGGGAAUAAGUACCGACUUUAAGUUAGAUGAAAUUUUUUUGUUUCCUGUGUUUUUGCCCCGCUCUCGUAGAACAGCAACUUUGUUUUAAAUUCUGCAUUCCCCUCCCCUCAGCUUUUAAACGAAUAUCAUGCCAGGAGGGAGUUGGUAUUUUUUAAUUGCCUUUUAAAAAUUAUUAUUAAAAGUGAUUUACCUGACGCUACUGCUUGCCCUGCAGCAAAUUGGACCAUCCAUCUUCAUCAGACAGUCAUAGAAUUGUAGACUUGGAAGGGAUCCUGGGGGUCAUUUAUUCCAACCCUCUGCAGUGCAGGAAUCUCAGCUAAAGCACCCAUGGCAUAUGCCCAUCCAACCUCUGAUUAAAAACCUCCAAGGAAGGAGAGUCCACCACUUUACAAGGGAGUUUGUUCCACCGUUGAACAGGCCUUACCAUCAAAAAGUUCUUCCUGAUGUUUAGUCAGAAUCUCCUUUCUUGUAACUUGAAGCCUUUGGUUCAGGUCCUACAGAGCAGGAGAAACAAGCUUGCUCCAUCUUCCAUGUGACAUCCCUUUAGAUAUUUGAAGAUGGCUAUCUUAUCUCCUCAGUUUUGUCUUUUCCAGGCUAAACAUACCCAGCUCCCUCAAUCAUUCCUCAUAAGGUUUGGUUUUCAAACCUUUGAUCAUCUUGGUCUCACCCUCCUCUGCACACGUUCCAGCUUCUCAGUAUCCUUUAAUUGUGGUGGCCAGAAUUGGACACAGUACUCCAGGUGUGGUCUCACAAAGGCAGAACAGAGCAAUACUUAAUCUAAAGGUGCACUGUUAAGAUUUGUUAUUUGGCAUUAGGCUGUCUAUGAACGUUAGUAAGGCUUUAAAAUAUUCUUCUAGCAAUAUUAAUCAGAUGUAAUUCAACUGACAAGAUUUGCAUCACGUCAACCAAGUGACAAAUUCCAGAAGAGUCACUAUGUUGGUUUGUCCUAACAAAAGCAAGAAGAGUGUAGUGGCAGCUUGAAUAAUAUAAUUUUAUUAUGGCCUAAACCUCCUUUGUCAGAGAGAUAAGGUGGCCUGCAGUUGGCCAUAAUUGGAGUGUUAAUAGGUGGUCAUGCAACCUUUUCUGAAUCUGUUAGUACAGUAUUAGCUUAGAAAUGUGCAGCCUAAUUCUAAUGUAUAUUUACUCAGCAGCUAAUCCCACUGAGUUCAAUGGAACUUUAUUCCAGGUAAAUAUUGUAACUGCAAUAUAUAAUAAAAGUAUAUUGCUGUGGUGGAUAGAGUUGUAGGAACGUGUGCACAGCUAAUUAUUAGUUACUUAUAUUUUUUGUGCUAUGAUUGCAUAGCCACUUAAAAUAUGGUCAUAUUUGGGCAACAUAUAUUUCCCUGUAUAAUUAUUUAACUAUAAAAUAGUGAUUGAUAGGCUACCUAUUAAAAAAAUAUUUCAAGCAGAGAUAUUAUUAAACGGCAUUGGCCACACAAAAGCUAAAGCCAGCUUGCAAGCAUAACAUUCCAAUUCUAUGCAUAUUUGGAAGUAGAACCUUGAACAAUGGGGAUUACGUUUUAUUAAAUGCACAUAAGAGAUGUUUAUAUCUUUCUUCCUGACUGCACUCUUGAAGUGCCUCACAGAACUUAAAGUAUAAGUAAAAAUACUCUAAAACUGAUCUGUUAAUAUUAACCAUGCUCUUCAUUGGCACAGAUAACACUAUAUAUUAAUUAAUCUUUCCUCCUCAGAGCACAGAGAAGCAUUAACCAUAUAGUACCAACAAUCUGUGAAAAUGGAAGAAAGAAAAACUAAGAGAAGAAGUCCCAAAUCAUCCACUUCUCAUGUCACUCAAGUGGUCAACAAUAAGAAAAAUUCUGUGCCUCCUAGCAAAAGUACAGUGUUUUCAAACCCUGCACCACAGCCACCUUCACAGAAACCAAAGCUUAAAAGGUAAAUGUUCAUGUUUCCUGUUGUUGUCAAGCUGCUGGCCAAAUUGAGGGCAGAGGAAAAAAAUAAAAGAAGUGAUUUAGGCUGCAGUCUUACACCAACUUACAGUGAACGUCAUUAGAUACAAUGGCUCUUUAUUUGUCCCUAUGGCACGGCGAACCACAUGUGUAGACUUGGAUUUUCAGUGAUUGCUUUUUUGUACUACAGUUCUAGUGAAAUCACAAAAAGGGAAAAGUAAUCAAACGAAAUGUACUUCAGAGAAUUUUACCGUUUUAUCAGUUAUCUUUCUGCAGCAAGGCACCCAAGACUAUAUACAAGCAUAUAAUAUAAAUUCACUAAAACAGUAACAAAACCCAGAAAUACAAAAAACAAAUUUAGAAGGUAGAAAAAUAACAAUCCUACACCUAAUAUUAGUUCAUAAGAUUGAGUAAUAAUUAAGUGCAGUACUUUUUCCUCAAGCAAAUACUUUGUUUCUAAUGACAUGGUCUGCAUUGCUGAUUAAUUCCAUGUGAUCUUGUUCAAAAUUUGUUUAAACUGCAGAUAUUGCACAUUUUCAGAAUUUUGAGGUCCGUUGUUAGGCUACUUUUAAUUUUAUAAUACAGGGUUUUUGAAAUAGUGGUUUGUUGAAUGCUUUUUAGAAAAAAUCUAACACAUGGUUUGGAUAGUCUUCAGUAAAACAAUGAGACCCUUAAAAAGUUUCCAUUUGGAAUUUGUCAAACAUUUUUAAGGAGAUAAAUCCUUGUCAUUCAAGCAGUUAUCUCUAAUUCAGAAAUCAGCAUGCAGCCUUUCUUAGCUAGGAAUUUUCCAUGAAAUCUUUGCAUGAUAUCAGAUAGAGCUCUUUUUCUUUCUUAAUGAAAUGUAAAAUCUAGAGAAGCUGUUUGUACAAUCAGAUAACCAUAUCACUACCUUCAUAAGUUGAUACUGUGAAUUGCAAACUAGAACACUAGUUUUGGAUAUAGCAUAAUGGAUCAUUCGUUAAUUUAUUUGUGCUUUUGUCCCAGGAUGAUAUUUUCUUUAAGGCAUUUGUCACAUUGUACAUUCAAGAUAGCAAAAAGACUGAGAGCGCCAAGAAGAUGUUAAUAAUUUAAAUAACUUCUUUUUGUCAGGGGCAUGAAAGAGAAAGCCAAAGCACCAGGAGCAGAAAGCAAAGGAGCACAGUCUGCCCCAAUCCAGCACUCAUUUCUCACUGAUGUAUCAGAUGUUCAAGAGAUGGAGAAAGGACUUCUGAGUCUUCUGAAUGACUUCCACUCUGGCAAACUUCAAGCAUUUGGUAACUUGGCUGCUACUUCUCCACUUCUUUCACAUGUGAAAGUGUAGGAUGGCUGAAAGUCUUAAGUGUUGGCUAGAUCUCUUAAAACUUAGGUGGUGUUUCACUAAACCAUCUCUCUCUCUAAAUCUGGGUAUCUGUAGCUGAGGGGGAAGAUCAUGGUACUGUUGCCAGACUUCGAAGUACAGUGGUACCUCCGGUUGCAAAUGGGAUCUGUUCUGGAAGUCCGGCUGCAUCCCGAGGAAUUCACAACCAAAGGUGCCACUUCCACACAUGCAUGCGGCACAGUUUAGCGCUUCUGCGCAUAUGCGCGCGGCGAGACCCGGGAAAAUGCUUCCAGGUUUGCCGCGUUCGCAUCCUGAAAGACACACAACCAGAGGUGUGCGUACUGUACUGUAGAGCUAUAAUGUAUUGUCUUAUGCUGCAUACUUUUGCCAGUGUAAAUCUUCUAAUUCUUUUAUACAGUCAAACCUUGGAAGUCGAACAGAAUCUGUUCCGGAAGUCCAUUCGACUUCCAAAACGUUCAGAAACCAAAGCAUGGCUUCUGAUUGGCUGCAUGAAGCUCCUGCAGCCAAUCGGAAGCCGUGAAAACCGGGUCAGACGUUCAGCUUCCAAAAAUUGUUCAAAAACCAGAAACCUCACUUCUGCUUUUCGAUAGUUCGGGACCGAAACGUACGAGUUCCAAGGCAUUCAGCAAACAAGGUACGACUGUAUUGGAAUAAGUAGAAGAAAUGGUCUAUUCCUUUACCUUUGUCAGAACUUUGUUUUGAUAUUUCUGCAUUCUGAUUGUUUCAGGAAAUGAAUGUUCCAUAGAGCAAAUGGAACAUGUAAGAGGAAUGCAGGAGAAGCUGGCCCGCUUGAAUCUAGAGCUUUAUGGGGAGUUGGAAGAACUUCCUGAAGAUAAGAGAAAAGUAGCUAGUGACUCCAAUCUUGAUAGACUGCUGUCAGAUGUAAGUAUAAACAACGAGGAGUUGCUCUACACAGUCACAUCUGUAUUCAGAAAUUGGGAAGAGCUGAAUGAAAGUUCUUGUAACAGUAAGAACCACAUCUAUAGAUGCUAAGAUUAGUUUUCUUAAGCACUGUACUUCCAUGCUUGACUGAAUAGAACUCUGAAGCUGGCUAAUUCCACUGCUGUCUAAGCCUAAACUUGGGCAACCAGAAGAUUUCUGAAAAUGGUACAAUAAUUACGGUAAGCCUGAAUUUAGUUUUGCAGUGAACCAGAACAAGCAUCUGUACUGGUUACCAAAAUGCUUUUGGGCAAAGUGCUGAUUGGUAUCUAUAAAGCCCUUGGGUCCAGGGCACCUCCUUUCAUAUCAUUGGUAUAACCAGCCUUCCUCCAGUGGAAGACUCCAUUGGAUCUCAGUCCUUUCUGUGAAUGGAAGGAGCCCUCCCACUUGCAGAAGAGACACACUGGAUCUAACUAACUGAAACUUGAUUGCUUGGCUAAUUUAUCACUAUCAUGCUGAUUCUCUGUUUUUUGCAUUGUAGCUGGAAGAACUGAAUUCCUCUAUGUAUCCUUUUUGUGAAAUGGCCUAUGCUGAUGAAGCAAGUGUUAAUUGCCCAAAUUGUACACCUUAGUUCGUAAGCAAAUUGUAAUGAUGAAUCUAGGUUAAACAAUUUGACAUCAGUUCAACUCCUCAAGCAACCUUUUAUUUUAAGCCUUUUAUUUUAGGUUGUGUUAGAUUAACAAACCGAUUAAACAUAUUCUCCUAUGUUCCUGUGGCUUCUUAAUAAUACUCUGCUUUUCUUGCUAUUACCUUGAACAUUGCUGUUUUCAAAGAACGUUUUUAUAGUUUUUAUAGUUCAAUCCUGUAAGAUGCAGUUCCUUAACUUGCUUGUUUCAGACAAAAACUUCAUUUAGCAGAUGUUCAAGAUGUUCCGAACACCAGCACAAGCUAAAAUGCACCUUGUCUUUGUUUGUGUUUCGGAAACCCAGGGUGUCUUAUUUCAUUUCCAGUGGACUCUCUUUCUUGCUUCUGCGGCAAAGUAUUUAUAUGCAAGUGAACAUAUUCACACAUUCCUCUUAGCAGAUGCGAGUUCUGCAUAUCUGUCAGGGUUGGAAUCUAGGGUACAGGAUGACCAUGUCUUGCUGCUAUGCUUUGUAUUACUGCCUUAUCUACCGUGAAGUGUUUGGAAAACUUGAAAAUGCAUUUUUAUGCUGAGUGUUCGGAUGAUUUUGAGUUCUAUAUAAGUAUGAUUUUUAAUAUAAUAUGUUCAACUUUGAUUAAAUUAAUAAUGGAGCGUGGUGUUCCUGUUGCUUUCCCACGGUGCAGACAAUCAGCUUAGACGUUCCUGUGUUUCUUUUUGCGGGAGAUACUGUUAAAUGAGUGUUUAAUUUAUUUCGGCAAUAAAAUAAUUCUAAAGAUU